AUGAGAGGACUUGAGUCUUUGGUGUAUGUAGCUGCGCUCGCAGCGCCAUCCAAUGCCCUGCAAAUCAGUGUUUGCGGCGAUGCUACGUACGACUUACCAAUGGACCGUGAUGUAAUUUGCGCGUCGGUGAGCAGCCCAACGCCGGGGACGGCCUGUCCACUGAAAGGAGACGAAGCGAGCACGGAUUGCUACGAGAAAUUGUCAUCGUACAACGGCAGCACCUGUGUGGCGCCAGAAGACGCCGUAUGCGCACUAGUAACCGACACGACAUGGGGCUGCGUUUUUCCGUCGGUUGCGUGUGGCGAGGUAUCGCAUGCAACGGUGGCCGAAGAAGCCUGUUCGGACCAGUGUGAGACUUGGGAAUACGACGUGGAUUACCCGGCGCCUCGCAGCGAUGCUGAAUCAGUGAUUGACGGCAUCACUGAUCACGAUGCAACCUGGUUCGUGCAGAUGACGAAAGUGACGGCGCUGAGCGCGUGUGGCACCGUCAAAAGCACGGCGGAGCCAACGUUGGAGCCCACGGAAGCACCAACUGUCAAUCGAGCUGACUUGUGGGUCCCUGCGCCGACGCCAGCGCCCACUCUUGAUCACUCGCUUUUGGAGCGUACGCCAGCACCGACGUCACUUUCUAAUGACCGAUCGUCGUCUAUCAUCGGAGAUUCAAGAAUUGGCAAAGCGAGACAGCCGACAUCAGCCACCGUAUAUGCGUCGUCGGAUAUAACGACAUUGAACCUGGGUCGGCGACCUGCGGACACGACAGAGCCAGUGAUGACUUUGUCAGCAGUAGAGAUGACCGGGACGCUGUCUUUAUCGACGAAGGUGGUGUCGACACCAUGA